UUUGCUCGUCUCUCUCCUUCUCAGUCUUCUUCUUCUUCUUCCUCCUCUUCAGCAAGCCAUGGCUACCGUAGCAGCUAUCGCCGCUCGACAAGCCGCGACCACACUCCGUUUGUCAUCGUCCAGAACCGCCGGUCUAAUCCAGCGACGCGGCCUCGCCGGCGCUGCAGAUCCCCAUGCGCCGCCCAAGGUUAACUGCUGGUCCGACCCGAUGAGCCCAUCGAAAUGGAAGGAGGAGCACUUCGUCAUUGUCUCUCUGACCGGAUGGGGCGUGCUUUUCUAUAGUGGAUACAAGUUUUUCACUGGAGGCAAGAAGGAACAGAAACAGGUGGAGGCUUCAAAAUGAGGUGUUCGGAGAUUUAGAUCUUCCCCAGAACUUUGGUAAUAAUGAGUCUGCUUGGAUAUAAACUGUACCGACUUUUCAUUUUGUUUGUCUUGAAAUGAUUAAUGAUCAAUCCAUGGAGAAUGAUGAUACAUUGAUAAAAGUUGAGUUAUUAGCCAUGUUAGGAGUGUGUCUCCUCUUGUGAACACUUUUUGUAGUUAUUCAAAAUGAUUCUGAUG